GGAGAGGAGGGGUGCGGACUGUUACCGGACAGGACUGUGCGAAAGCAGAAACGGAGGGUUGAAUUUGACCUCCUUGGCUGGGCGGUGGGAGGAGGUGGUGGACGGUUGUUUAGGGAGGACAAACUGAGAUUGAAGCCGCCGGUUGGGACCAGGAGCUCCGUCUGCUGUAACCCCAGACAUCAUUAACAUGGAGCUGGAGAAUAUCGUGGCCAACACGGUGCUGCUGAAAGCACGGGAAGGAGGCGGCGGGAACAGAAAAGGAAAAAGCAAGAAAUGGAAGCAGCUGCUGCAGUUCCCCCACGUUAGUUUGUGUGAAGAGCUGCGACAAAUCAUAGAAAAGGACUACAGCAGCCUCUGUGAGCGGCAGCCUAUCGGACGCUUGCUGUUCAGACAGUUCUGCGAGACUCGACCCGAACUGAGGCGAUGCGUCAAGUUCCUGGACGCUGUGGCGGAGUACGAGGUGACUCCAGAUGAGAAGAGGAAGGAGUGCGGUCAGGAACUCAUUGACAAAUACUUCAACCCAAAGUCAGAGGACCGCGUGCCUGAGGUGGAGGAGGCCAUGAUGGCUCAGUGCACCGAGAGGCUGCAGCAGGAUGCCUGCAAAGAGCUCUUCAAGGACUGUACCAAAUUGAUCCACGACUACCUGAGCGUGGCGCCCUUCGCAGACUACCUCGACAGCAUGUACUACAACAGGUUCCUCCAGUGGAAAUGGCUGGAGAGGCAACCGGUGACAAAAAAUACAUUCCGACAGUACAGAGUUUUAGGGAAAGGAGGCUUUGGAGAGGUGUGUGCGUGUCAGGUACGGGCCACGGGGAAAAUGUACGCCUGUAAGAAACUGGAGAAGAAGAGGAUAAAGAAGAGGAAAGGAGAGUCCAUGGCGCUCAAUGAGAAACAGAUCCUGGAGAAAGUCAACAGCAGAUUUGUAGUAAGCCUCUCAUCUCAUCCACUUUUGUGCAUUCUGGGUGUAUUGCUAUCUUCAGGCAGCGGAAAAUUUCACUACCCUAUCUCACGAGAAGAGAGAGCCAUCUUCUACUCUGCAGAGAUCUGCUGCGGGCUGGAGGACCUGCACCGAGAACGCAUCGUCUACAGAGACCUUAAACCAGAGAACAUCCUGCUGGACGACCACGGCCACAUCAGGAUAUCAGACCUGGGUUUAGCGGUUCAUGUACCAGAGGGAGAGACCAUCAAGGGCCGGGUGGGAACGGUGGGGUACAUGGCUCCGGAGGUGGUGAAAAACGAGCGCUACACCUUCAGCCCCGACUGGUGGGCGUUGGGCUGCCUGCUGUACGAGAUGAUCGAGGGCCAGUCUCCCUUCCAGCAGAGGAAGAAGAAGAUCAAGAGGGAGGAAGUGGAGCGGCUGGUGAGGGACGUGGAGGAGGAAUAUACCAGCAAGUUCUCCGAGGAUGCCAAGUCCCUCUGUAAAAUGCUUCUGGCCAAAGAUCCCACAGACAGGCUGGGCAGCCAGGGAGGCGGAGCCUCUGAGGUCAAAGCCCAUCCCAUCUUCCGCUCAAUCAACUUCAAACGCCUCGAGGCCGGCAUGCUGCAGGCGCCCUUCAUUCCUGAUCCGCAGGCCAUCUACUGUAAAGACGUGCUGGACAUCGAGCAGUUCUCCACUGUGAAAGGAGUGGAGCUGGAGCCGAAAGACGAGUCUUUCUACAGCAAAGUGUCCACAGGCAGCGUCUCCAUUCCCUGGCAGGAUGAGAUGAUCGAGACGGAGUGUUUCACAGAGCUGAAUGUUUUCCACCAGGACGGGGCGGUUCCUCCUGACCUGGACUGGAGGGGACAGCCGUCUCCUCCGCCCAAACAGGGACUCCUGCAGCGGCUGUUUGGCCGACAGGACUGCUGUGGUAACUGCAGUGACAGUGACGAGGAGCCCACCAGGCUGUGACACACACACACACACGAUCCCAUUUGUUUACAACUUUUGCACAUUUGUAUUUUUAAGCAUAGUACUAUCUCUAAAUGUCAGAAUGUAUAUUUUCAGCAUAGCCAUAAUGUUUUUAAUGUUAUUUAAAAAGUUGUGAAAUAUCGACUGUCGACGCGAACCUACGGACGAUGAACAGAUGUUUCUUUUUAUUUUUUUUCGUUUGUUUUGUUGAUUUAUUUUUUUUUGUCCAGGGAAGGCUUUGCUUUGACAUUGAUCCACUUAGCAAAUGUCCAUGUAACUGAUCUGGGAGCUGCCUCUGGCCACUGAGCAGCUCCACUGGAACUAUAGCCUGCUGUAAAAGUGCCUAGAGCUGGAGGGCACUGUGACGGUGGGCACUAGGGAGGACAAAGCAUUCCUCAAUCUCUUUACUUUUCCCCACUUUGUUCAGGGAAUCAAACUAGUGACUUUCAGCUCAAUAACUGUGACCACUUUUCUUCUUCCGGCCUCCAUUCUGCCGUGAACCAACCUCACCGCUCUUCUUCUACUUCAUUUUCUUCUAUUUAAUUCUUUUUAAAGUGUGAUUUAGAUUUUUGCUUGGACAUUAUGGGUUUGAAAUGGUUAACGCCAGAGCUGUGAAGUCGGCUACAUCUGCAGAUAUUUUUAUAUCAAUAGUAUUAUCUUUUUAAAUUUUUUCAGACAAAUUGACUGGUGUUUGCGGCUCCAGUUACACUAUGUCAGUUCUGUGUGGUCAAAUUUUACACAAACUCUGAGGGUACAAUGAAUCCCUUUCAUGCUCCGAAUAUACACGCUGCUUUCAACAACAUGCUUGUGUUAUUUUUCGGAGAUGUCCUAUUUUUAAAACCCAAUGAACAACUCACACAUUAUGUUAAUGCUGCAGUGUUGGAACUGGAAUGAAAAAAAAAAAAAGUGCCAGUUUCUGAACUAGCAGCCUGCAAAACACCCACAUUCGGAAUACAAAUGAUGGUAAUUUCUUGGGAAGUUUUUUUUUUUUUGAAAUUUAAUAAAACCAAGAAUCUGAGUACUCUUACAAACAUUAUCUUUCAGGGUUUCUGUAGAAUUUAUUCCUUUCCACAAUUUCAUUCCCCGAGCUUCCUCUCGUUUUUUCAUUACUUUGUGAGCGGAUGGUGGUGAGGUGAUUCCCAGCCUCUGCGGGUUUACAUUCACCCUGCCAGUAGACCACUAACAAUGCAAGGGAAAAAAAGUCCAAAGUGUUGUCUGUCCAGAUCGGUCGCAGGCUGAUUAAAGUCACAUUGAAGCAGCAGCAAGAGUAACUGAAGCUAUUAGGUUGACUGAAGCUGGUCUGUUCAUCACUGCAGUUAAAUGCCUCAGCUGGUCCUGUUGCAGUCAAAGAAUAUGGCCUCUUGUUUUAAGCUAUUAAAAUGAAAUACCUCUGAAUGUACAAACGGCUGUCAUGGGACUUCUGGUAUUUGAGAAGACAGACGACAGAAACACAAGAGAAGACAAUAAUAGGUUAUUGAAUUACAUCAAACAAAGUGUGGAAUUCACCUUUAGCUGUCCCACAAUCUCUCCGCCCUCCAAACAUUUCUCAAAGCUGAAGCUGUCAGUGAGGUCGUUUAACUGUUUCAUAAAUGAUGGCAAACAUUUAAAGGGUCGGUUCACCAACUUUACAAAAAAAACUACAUAUUUUCUCAGUUGCUUCUCGUCUUAUCUAAGCCAUGCAGAUUAUUUUUUAAUUAUUAUUAUUUGCUCAGGUUUAGAUUAUUGUGAGAAUUAUCUGUCUUAAUAUCCUGGAGCUGACUUGUGUGUGAACUUGGGGGUAGAUAAAUAUCCCAGCAUGCAUUUUUAUCAACCAAAAUGACCAAACCAAAAUGAUCUGCAUGGCCAGAUACCGCUAGAGUAAGUUAAGAAAAGUAUGCGUUGGUGUAAUUUGAAUGAAUUUACCCUUUGAUAAAGUCUACGGCUGCAACUGACGAUUAUUUUUAUUAGUCUGCUGGUUAUUUCUCAAUCAUUUUGUCGAUAAGAGUUUCAGGAAACUAUGAAAAAAAUGCUGUAAUUUCACACAGCCCAAUGUGACAUCCUCAAAUGUCUUGUUUUGUUUGAACAGUCCAAAACCCCAAAAAUACUAAGUUUUACUGCCGUUUGUGACAAAGAAAGGCAUCAAAUUCUUACAUUUGAAAGGCUGGAACCAGCUAAAGUUUGGCUUUUUUCAUUAAAAAAGUAGUGAUUAAUCGAUUCUCAAAAUUGCAGAUCGUUUUCAAUCGAUUAAUCAACAAAUCAUUGCAGCUGUAAUACUUUGUGUUGAAAAACAGAACUCAUCUUUUAAGAUAUUUACUUUAUUAUACAUUUUUUCUUUUUUCUUUUAAGAUAAUCAACCGACUGUUGUUUUUAUGUAUUAUCGUGUCAAAAUGGGUCUUUUGAUGUGCAUAUGCAGAGAUGGAUUCAUUGUUCAAGCUUCUUUAAGACUGUCAUAAUUUGCCUCCUGCUAUCUUCCUUUUGUUCAGCCACAGAGCUCUGUACUAUUUGUUUCGAAGCACUCAUUCAAACCAAACCAGUUAUCCAUAGAAGAUCAAAGAUGACAAAGUCCUUCCCAUCCAAGGUGCCUUUAGAUGUUUGAAGGUACUCCAGCCUGUAGUCGCCUCUUUUUAUACAUACUCUACGUGUCUGUACAUGUGCUCAUUCAAAGCCUGCUGCUGCGUCAGCUUCUCUUCACUUCCUGUCUGUGGUACCUGGUGUGUUCGUCGUCAAAACAACAUCACUCCGGACGUGGACUCUCUUUGUGAAAUCGAGGACGAUGAGACUGAAAGAAUCUCUGCACUUAAGGACUGCUGUCGACGCUCCCGUCCCCCGACCUCUGAACUCUGGAGUCUCUGCAGUGAUUUUCUAAAAGACUGCGAGGACAAAGGGGGGGGCGGGGGGGGGGGGAGCAUGGCGAGUCAGAGGAGCUCGCUGUCAUCCUCCAUGGACGUUUAAAUCAGGACUCUGUAUCAAAACUGCUGUGCUGUGUCUCUCUGCUGUCAGAUAACCUCUGUCCUUUAUGUUUGUGUGUUGUUGAGGAUGCGCUUUAAUCUGCCUUAAAGGAUAAUUCCACUUUAUUACAACUUGA